UCGAUAAAUUAAUGGUUGUUUCUCAUGUCCGAGUUGCUUGUCGAGGUUUUGGUAAGUGGUGAAGAUGUCUCAAUCGCCAAUGAAAUUGAGGUGAUCGAUUUAGAGGCAGAAUCAAAAAAAUUUGAAGAGGAAUCGGCGGACAGAGGGGAGCGCAGGGUGCGUGGCGCAGGCGUUGUUCAGUCGCCCGCGCGACCGCGCUGCUGCCGGCCGCGCGCCAUGGAUGAAGCUAGAGUUAGAGACCGCGCGCCGCUUACCGUCAUAGUGGCUCCCAGCAACGCGUCCCCACCUCGGCUGUCCCCGGCGGAUCUCCUCCCAGACGGUGACGCGGCCUUCCAUCCACUUUCAGCAGUCAACGGUCGCCUCACACCGCCAGGCUUAGAGCCAGCGUCGUACGCCACAUUAACACCCCUCCUCCCGCUCCCCCCUAUCAGUACUGUAUCAGAUAAAUUUGCCUAUCAUGCUGGUGGUACGUUUACGGUUAUACAACAGCAGCAUUCCUAUGCGUCAUUGUCGCCAGCGGCGUAUAACGAGCCUUUGUCACCACAAUCAGCGUACAGUAGGAGGAGUGCGUCACCCAACUCGUUCGAAAGAAGAUCCCCCACGCCGCCUUUGCCCAGUCCAGGGCUAGAUCUCAAUGCGGCACUACUGGCAAGAGAAGAAGCCCAGCAGACACAACCGAUACGAUCGCCAGAAUUGAAUGAUACGGAAGAAAUAAAUACGAAAGAACUAGCUCAAAGGAUAAGUGGAGAAUUGAAGAGGUAUUCAAUACCACAAGCAAUUUUCGCUCAGAGGGUCCUCUGUCGGUCACAAGGAACUUUGAGUGAUUUGUUACGAAAUCCAAAACCAUGGUCAAAGCUAAAAUCAGGGAGGGAAACGUUUAGGCGGAUGUGGAAAUGGCUGCAGGAGCCUGAGUUUCAGAGAAUGUCAGCGUUACGACUAGCAGCGGCCCAGAUUCCACAGAGAGGCAGCUGCAAACGCAAGGAGGAUAUAGUUUCGGAUACCCAUCCUUCACCGAAGAAGCCGCGUUUGGUUUUCACAGACCUCCAGCGGCGUACUCUACAAGCUAUUUUUAAGGAAACAAAGCGACCCUCAAAAGAAAUGCAAGUGACGAUAGCGAGGCAAUUAGGUUUAGAGCCGACAACUGUAGGUAACUUCUUUAUGAACGCACGCAGAAGAUCCAUGGACAAAUGGAGAGAUGACGACACACCUUCCACGGAGUUGGACCAGCAGUGUGAUCCAAAUGAUUUGGAUCACGUACCUAGUUUAGACUCGGCAGAGUCAGAGGAAGAUCACGACGACCAGGACGAUCAUCUCUUGUGACGCAAUGUCCACUCACAGCAUUUAUUAGUGCUUUGAGAAGAUUUAGUGGAGUAAGGAUAAGGACACUGGAAUAACGCUGAAUGAUCAGUGCUUUAAGAAUUCAAGUAACUGCUUUGUUUUCUAUCGAGAAAUGAUAAGUUGUAAAAAUUACUGUUUAAAUUGGUUUUGCCCAAUGGAACGGUCAGUAAAGGGUUUCAAAGAUUUAUCAGGUUACUCUUGCUGAGGUGGAUUAACUACUAUAUUGUCUAGUCAGCAACGCUUAACCAUAUUACCACUAUUUUUGUUUACCAUACUAUUUUAUAAAGCGUUGACUAAAGAUUGCCGUGUUUGUUACCAUGGUUACCAUUUUUUAUAUGAAAAACAGUUACGUUACGUGAGAGUUUACGUGUAAUAAGGCCGCCACCUCACAUCUAAACAGAACGUUGUAUAUCAAAAUUUUACAGUAUGAACUUUGACACAUCUUCACAACUUAGCAUAGCUUGAACCGUUUUCUAUUGACGUGAUCUCUUACCUUCUGUUAUAGGUAAGUUAAUGGGAUUCG